AUGAAGUUCAAGAAGCAUAAGAAGGACGAGAUCAGAGUUGGGUUCUUAGAGAAUCUUGACAGGUUGGCCAAGGAGGCCGUGGAUCUCAAGAUUGCUGUUGAUGUGUACGGAGAGGUUGGAAGGACAUCACUGAUAAGCAAGCUCCAUUCUGAGCUUUGCGAUGAAGGAGGACGACUGGUCGAGAUUGAUUCCAGGGAAAUAACUGAUGCAAGGGUGCUGGGAGGCUUCUAUGCAGUUAAGGAAGGAGAUGUCGAAUAUAUGAAGGGAUUGCUAAUUGAAUCGAUGGUGAGCGGAGACUGGAUUCUGUUCAAAAGAAUAGACAAAAACCACGGAUUGCUGCAAUAUCUUUUCACCGUAAUUAAAUACAGAAGAUUGCUGGGCAACGACGGAGAAGAGGUUCUUGCACACGACAACUUCAGGAUAUUCUUUACCUCUGACGACAGAUUUGACAUGGAUGACGUUGUGUUUGUAGGACCUCUUAGCUUCGUGUUUGAAGAGGCAAUAGAGAUGUUUGAAGCACAAUGCACCAGAAGGCUUCUUACUAAGGUUUUUAGAGAUAUUUCUGCAGAUUGGAAAGUGUGCACGAAGGAUAAGGAAGGAGAGUGCCGAAAGAGUUGUCCUAAGAGGAUUUGUGGAAACAAUGAGUGGUGUCUGUCGGAGGGAUCUGUGGUGUGUGGACCCCACUUCCGGUCUCUUUUGAAAAUAAAGAAGAGGAUGGGAAGCAGUAACGGAGCGGGGGUGGAGGAAAGAGUAAGAGCAUACCAAUCAGUGUGCAAUGUCCUGCUCAAGCAUGAAUCUGAUUCCCUGAGGUGUGCUCUCACGCUGACUGAAAUUCCAAGCAUUUCACUCCACGGGAUAGGGUUUGCAAAGACUAGCUGCGUUGAAUGGGGUCUUUUCAAUCUUCUAUGGAACAUCAGAAACAACGAUCACACGCUGUUGAUUGGGGACACAGGAGUAGGGAAGACAUCCAUGAUUCAGUACCUGAGCUUGAAAUCUCAUUUUUUUCUGGGAACACAGGCCAAGUUGAGAAUUGUAAACAUGUCUGCAGAUUUCGACGGAACGGACCUAAUUGGAGGAUACGGGACGCUGGACAUGAACAAGGCCAUAGAGAAGAUCUGCAAUGAGCAGCGGGUAAGUGUGCCGGUCUGUUAUGGAAACAAGGAGAAACUUGAGUGGUUGAGAAAUAGGAUUUCCUCAAAGGCAGGAGAUGGUACGGAUUUAGAGGCAGUAACUAAGAGAAUUGACGGACUGCUCAAGCUGUUAGAGAAAAGAGCACAUUUUGUGUACAAAAGAGGGAUUUUGACUGAAUGCAUGGUAAAUGGCGAGUGGUUACUUCUUGAUGAAAUCAAUCUUUCUUCUGAGGAGACGUUGAACCUGAUAGACGGGGUAUUAGGUAAAAAAGAGAUAUUCCUGUAUGAAAGUGGAGAUCUGAGACCUCUUAGGAUCCACCCUGGAUUUCUGCUCUUCGGAUGCAUGAACCCGGGAGGAGACUUUGGAAAAAAGAAGUACGAGGGCAUUGAAUUCAACGCCGUGCAUAUUUAUGACUUCAGUACAUCACUAAAAGACAUCAAUCUUGUGGUGCACUCUGUGCUUAGAUAUGAGAUAUCGGAAGAGAGGAAGAGUAAGAUCGGAGAGUUCUUUUUGGAACUGAAGAGCAAGGUCUUGGGGAAAGAACUCAGCAAUGUAGUUGAGCCUCUGGUGAGCGGGCGAAGUCUUGUAAGGGUGCUGAACUUCAUCCGAAACUCAGGUGAAAGGGAGUUUUGCAAGUCUGUUUACGAGGCGUUUGACCUGUUUGUGUUUACACAGCUAGACUUUGUCAGCCGCUCUAUCGCGGUUUCUCUUCUGUCGAAGUAUUUUGCUGUUCUACCUGAGAGCACGGAAAAGACGAAGGUUAAGCAUGGGUUUGUUUUAACACCUAGGAUUCAGACGUAUCUAAGGACCAUGAGGCAAGCUAUUCUAUCGAACUGUCCUUUGCUGCUACAGGGAGACACAUCUACUGGAAAGACAAGCAUGAUUUUGUUUCUUUCCAGAGAGAUGUGCAGGCGUGUUAUUAGGAUAAACAAUCACGAGCAUACGGAGGCAGCAGACUAUAUUGGCAGCUUCGCUUCCACAAGCGACGGAAUUGAAUUCAAGGAAGGAGCCCUCGUGGGAGCCAUGAGGAGAGGAGAUUGGGUUAUUCUUGAUGAGCUAAAUCUUGCAUGCAGUGAUGUUCUUGAGGUAUUGAACAGGCUUUUAGAUGAUAACAGGCAAAUAUACAUUCCGGAGACUGAUGAGGUGGUUGUCCCCCAUGAGAACUUCCGAAUAUUUGCUACUCAGAACAUCGGGUAUGGGGGCAGGAAGGGACUGAGCAAGGCAUUCAGAAACAGGUUUGUUGAGAUGUUUUUCUGUGAGAAUGGAGAGGACGAGAUACUGGAGAUAUUACAUGGGGGAUCGGAGCUUCCCAAGAGCUUUUGCAAGAAGAUGGUUGAGGUCUACAGCGGCCUUAGGUCACGGAGAAGUAUUAAUGCACUGAUAACUCUUCGCGAUCUUUUCAAAUGGUCUGGAAGAAUACCCACAUGCAUGGAUGAGGUGUGCUUCCUAGGAAUGAGUAUGAUAUAUGAGAGGCAGAGGGAGCUUGAAGAUAGAGUUCGGGUGGGCCAGGUCUUUUCUGAGUCCUUUGGAGAAGCAAGUGUGGAGAGGUAUAAGAAGAUGAUUGCAGGGAAGGAAGAGAAAUGCGAAGGAGAACGGAUGGCGGGGAAGUGUGAUGUUACUCUAAGGGAGGCUUUUCUCGUUAUUGAGAAGCUUUAUGCAGGGAACUUCGUUCUUACUGAUACGUUUAGGAGACUCAUUAACUUGAUGAUUCUGGCCUGGGAAAGCAAGGAGCCUAUCCUCAUUGUUGGAGAGACUGGAAUAGGAAAGACAAAGGCAUGCGAUAUAGCCAGCUCUGUAUUCAAGACCAGGCUUAUUACCCUAAGCAUGCAUAGGGGGAUAGAAAGCUCUGAUUUCAUUGGGAGCUUUGUAUUUGAGAACUCAAAGAUUGUGUGGAAGGAUGGGCCGCUGGUGAAGGCGAUGAAGUGUGGCGAUGCAUUCCUCAUUGAUGAAAUUAACUUGGCAGAGGAUUCUGUUCUUGAAAGACUUAACAGUGUGCUGGAGUCACAGCGGACCUUGUACAUAACGGAGACAGGGGAGGAGGUUGUUGCGCACGAUGGAUUUAGAAUACUGGCAACUAUGAAUCCAGGAGGAGAUUUCGGAAAGAGAGAGCUUAGUCCUGCGCUCCGAAACAGAUUUACAGAGAUGUAUUUUGAGGUUUCUUCUGAUGAGGCGCCCCUGAUAUUUGAUUAUCUUGUAGACAAGAGAUUUGGGGAAGUGGAUAUACCAAAGAAAAGCACGGAGACCUUUAAGUAUCUGGCGAGAUCUCUCAAUGUAUCCAUCCGAAAGCUCGAGCUUAUAGUUGAAUUUAUAUACAGGCGCUAUAUGGGCGAAUUUUCAGGAGUUGCCUGUGCGGAAGCGGGACUCGAUGUGGAAAGCGUGUGGGAAGAAGCAUUGGAGGUUGCAGGAAUAAAGGGCAUUGAAGCGGAUGUAAAUGCAAGAUACUUUGAGGAUGAGAGGAUGUUUGGGGUUCUUCCAUACCUGGUGGAGCACCACAGCUCCUCCUCGUUUGACUUUGAGUCUCCAACGUCUACAGUAAACCUUAGGAGGAUUCUCAGGGCGAUGGGGCUAGGAAGAGGAACUAUGUUGGAGGGAGAUCCAGGAAUAGGAAAAACCAGCAUAAUCCAAGGACUGGCUAGAAAGAUGGGGAAGAAAUGCAUCAGAAUAAACUUAAGUGAGCAGACGGAGUUAUGCGACCUGGUUGGAAGCUAUCUCCCGGUUGAUGGAGAGAUUCGUUUUAUGGAGAGUGAGCUGCUGCAUAGUCUUAGGGACGGUGGAUGGAUAAUUCUCGAUGAAAUUAAUCUUUGCACACAAAGUGUGAUUGAGGGAUUGAAUUCUGUGCUGGACUACAGAAGAAAGCUUUUUAUACCCGAGGUCACUGUUGAUGUCCAUGAAGAUACCCGGAUAUUUGCAACUCUCAAUCCAUGCGACUCGAGAAAUGGACGGAAAAUGCUUCCGAAAAGUUUUCUUGACAGAUUUGUAAGGAUUAAGAUGGACGGCUACACUACGGACGAUAUUACACACAUCCUUAACAAAAUGUUCCCAUCGCCUAUGAUAGUAAGCUCCACAAGUUUAAGAGAAAACAUUAGAAUGAACCAGGUGGGAACUUUAGAAGAUGGGGAUACCAGCUAUUUUAUAGAUGAGUCCGUUGUCAGAGUUGGGUCUGUUACCGUCGAGAUGAAAGAAAGACGGCCUAGACUAGACUUUGUGUUGAUACACUCUCAACUUCAGGGGCUGGAAAUGAUUAUGAGGUGCAUCGAGAUGAAUAUUCCGCUAAUAAUAUCCGGCGGGGUUGGCAAGGACUCAUUACUCCGGUUUGUCUCUUCUGUGUUUGGGCAGGAGAUGACGCUCUUCAACUGUCAUAAGGAUACGGAUGUAUGCGAUCUUCUUGGACAGUACCAGAAGAUGCAGAAUGGGAUGUUCGAAUGGUGUGAUUCGGCGGUUGUAUCUAGCGUCAAGGAGGGCAAGAUGGUUGUCUUUGCUGGUGUUGAAUUUGUUGAAAAGUCGGUGUUUGAUAGGCUGAAUUCUUUGUUUGAAUCUGAGAGAACAUUGAAUGUGUAUGAAAGAGGUGUCGACACAAACGUUGCUGUUAAUCCACUAACACGACUGGUCCUGGUAGCAAAGGAGCCAGGAAUGCUAUCACCUGCAUUAUUGGAUAGGUGCAUGCAUGUGGAAUUAAGCGACAGGCUUAACUACAUUGACUUAUGGAAGCUGUUUGUGAAGUUUCCUAUUGAUGGGGGCCCUGUGUUCUGCAGAGAUUUUUGUGGCCUUUCAAUGAAGAGCAGACCUCUUAGCUUUGGAUUGGAUUUGAAAAGAUUUAGGAUGCUAGGAAUUUGGCCCGACUUUCUCAGCAAGCACCUCUGUGGCGUUUAUAAUACCCUUGAAGAGCGUGAAAUUGACAGGCUGUUUAGAUUCAGGAACAAGAGUAUACCAAACGCAAAAACAGACGUCGAGCUUCUUAACUUCUACAGGAGGAUUGAGCUUUGUAUUUACAUGCCACAUGAUGACGAGUCUAGGAUGAAAUUGCUUAGAAGCAUGGGUGCGAUGAAUUCUGAAGCUCGAAAGGCAGUGGCAUUCAUCAAGUCUGCUAGCCUUUCAGUUUUCAGCCCUUUCUGCAAUGACGAGAAAUGCUCUCUCAAUUUCCCAAGAUCAUCUAAGGACCUGAAGAUGAAGGUCAUCAGGUCUCUUCGGGACAAGAAGUUCUCCGAAUAUAGAAAGCUAAAGACCAUUGCGGAACAUCUCCCUGAAGUGCGAUGGGAGUUCCUGCCCGAAUUUGAUGAGUUCUACUUCGAGUUUAUUGAAAGAUGCCAGAAUGAUCCCUUGAGCAUGGUCAGAGAGGGGCUGGUUGUAGAGAUGAAUGAGUUUGAAAACAAAAGCCUUACGGCAAUACACGAUGUCAUGAAGCACAUGUACAAAUAUGGGAAGGGAUCUGUUGAAGAGAUGGUCGAGGAUUAUGAAAGAGGGAUCAAAGAAUAUAAAAUCAAGAUCAGAGAUGUAGAGAAGAAGAUGGGAAGAGACUAUGCCAGAUUCAAGGAAUCGUUGAAGGACCUAAACUUCUGCUCCUACAUGUGUGGUGACAGGCUUUUUUACGAGGGCUUCGGGGAUGUGUUUGAUUACUACUUAAUCUAUAUGUUCUGCAAAUGGAUAAACGGAGAGGGGUGCUCAGGAAAGUGUAAGAUUAGGCGCCUGGGUGAAAGCUGCCUGGAAUAUCGAGAUGUAGGGAUAAGAUACGGCGAUAGCGAGUCUGGAUCCUACGUUUCCUACAGUAUCUUGUGUUUAAACCUAAUUCGAUUAGGGCUAGGGAUCCUUCCUCAUUUAGAAAAGAUAGAUUGCAAAGGAUUGGACCAUGAGUUUUCAAGAUACUUAAACUCUCUAUAUUACUCAAGGCCAACAGACAAAUGCAGCUUGAUGCUGGAAGGGACCAUCUUUGACAAGAUGGUACAUGCCAAGGAAACUAGCUGGAUCGACAAUCUGCUGGAGUUAGAAGAGAAAGACCUAGAUGACUGCCUAAGGUCUAUAUUUAACAGAAAGACCAGGGCGAGGGUCAUUGAAAGUGAUGCAAGUAGGCUGGAAAUUGCUGGGGAGCUGGUUGAGUUUAUGGAUCAGGAAAUGCAGGAGCUGCCCAUAUUCACAAGUGCUGCAUGUCUUAUGGAAUAUGCACAAAGAAAAAUAACCGAUCCCGAAUGCUAUGGGGCUCUGUCGCCAGAGAAUAUGGAUGAUGCAGACCCUAGUGGAAAUCAGAUCUUGGAGUCGACUAUUGUUAUAGGGGGGCACUUAAAAGAGAAGGGCUUUACUGGCAACGAGGAUUCGCAAGUACAUAGGAUAGUGGAGAUCUUGGAAAGGCUUUAUAAGGAUACGUCUGCUUGUGAUGUAGAUAGGAACUAUAGGUACUUCCUGUAUCUGGUUAUAACACCAUUCAGCUUUGAGAUGGCUGAAAGAUAUUUCCUAGACUGCUCUGUGUAUGAGUUUGUGGACAGGGUUGGGCAUGCACGGGAGAUGGCUAUAAAAGACGGAAAUCCUGUUUUCUAUAAUGUGACUCUGAAGUACGUUUCAUUUGAGGUGGAAAGGCUCUAUGAAGACAGAAUCAGAGACGCAAAGUCGAAGCUGAAGAAAGAGCCAAAGCUGUAUAAGAAGAUCCUGGAGGAUUUGAAGAAGUUUCUUAUACUGCCUGUAACCAAUGUGCUGGAUCUUAAGUUCCCGCAACUAUACCCUGGUUGCCAGGGAUACCACCCCGAUGUAUACACCUACAUUCUGAAGAACAGGUCUGAUUGCGAAUGCAGAGACUGGAUUGAGUUUGCAAAGAAGUUUGACAGAAGAGAAGUUCAAAAUGCAUUUGGAGGUAAUAAGAUCAAGAGAAAGGAUGUUCUUGAGUUGUUUUUCAACAGGAUACCAAAGGAGAUGUUUUCUAAUUCUGAAGUGUGCCUAGGAAAGGUCGUUAAUCAGAUGGUAGAGGACACUACCUUGAUGAAUCUGACACGAAUGUGCAUUGAGAACCCAUACAUACCGUUUAUGUAUUUCGUGUUUAUGUUUGGCCGUGAAGAAGAAGGCGCUGUGGAAGAUGGGACAGGGAUGAAAAGUGGAACGGGUAAUAUCAAUGUGAGCGAGCAGAUCGAGCAUGAGGACGAGAUAGACGAUGAGUAUGGAGAGCAGGAAAAAGUAAGUGAGAGUGAUGGAAUAGACUUUGAUAAUGACGGAAGUAUCUCCACUGCCAGUGAACCGGAAGAAGAGGAGUGUGAAAGCGGAGUAGAUGGAUGGAAUGACGAGGAAGAAGAAGAAGAUGAUGAUGAAAAGAACGAAAAGGAGUGUGAGAGCGAGCAGAAUGCAGAGAUAGACAUUGAAGACGAAGGCAUUGGGUCUGAAGGAAGUUUGGAGUCUGGAGGAGAGGAGCUGCUGUGUUCGAAUUCUUCCGAAGGAAACGAGAGCUCAGAGAUUGAGGAGGAUGAUGUGGAGUCUGGAGGAGAGAGCGAUGCAAGGUCACGGGAUGUCGAAGACUUGGAUUCUUAUAAUAAGCCGGAAGCCAAUGAGUACCAGUUCAAGGAAGGGGUCCUUAACAAGAAUCAAACAUGUGAGGUGGCAGAGAACUACGAAAGAUAUGUUGCUGGAAAGAAUCCUGAUGACAAUGCCCUUUGUGCUGGAGAAGGGAGUGAAAGGGUUUCUGGGGAUGAUGACGACUCUGGAAGCGGAGACGUGUUUGAGUCCACGGUAAGAAUAAGGAUAGAGGAUCAGGACUGCACCAAAUUGACUAAUUUGCUCAGAAUAAUCAUGGAGUCGAAAAGAGGUAACAGAUAUAGAGGAGACUUUAGAAGUGGGAAAAAGCUGAACAUGAAGAGGCUAGUUCCAUAUAUAGCCAGUGGAUUUAGGAGAGACAGAAUCUGGAUGAGGAGACAGAGAAAUGACAAGAAAGAAUAUGUCCUCCGGCUGUUUAUCGAUAACAGCAAAAGCAUGUACAGUCAGGAGAUGAUUGACACCCUUUUAUCGCUGUACUCGAAGAUAAACAGAUCCUUUUCCCUUCUUGGGAUACCCGUUGAGGUCUACAGAUUUGGGGAGGUCCUGGAGAGAUGUCCUGUUGAAGAAAUGCGAUUCAACGACUCUCGGACCAUGGUUGAUUGGAUUGACGAAUUUAACGAUGGAAUCAAUAUCAUCUUGACCGAUGGUCUCUUUCAAAAUGCAGGCUAUAAUCAUCCAAACUUCCUCGUCUUACUGGUGGACAAGUGCGAUGUAAGAAAAAUGUCCAAGGUGAUCGUUUCAGAAGGGUCUAUCUUUGUUCAAAGAUAUCUAGAUACCUUUCCUUUCAAGUAUUGCAUCAUUUCGGGUGUGGACGAGUUGGAGUCUACGUUCAUAAUGGCAUUGAGUGAGCUCAUCAGCUCCUGA